AUGUCUUGGGCCACGUCGUCACCGGGUAUGGCUAUCAGCCAAGAGCCUGAAGGAGCGGACAAAGAUACGACAGUUGGAGAUGGGCCUGCGAAGAAGACCAAAGUGGUUGUUGUUGGUUUGGGUAUGGUUGGUAUUGCCUUCAUUGAGAAACUCCUCAAGCUCGAUGCCAAACGAGGAGAGUACGAGGUCGUGGUCAUCGGCGAAGAACCUCACCUGGCCUACAAUAGAGUUGGAUUGACCAGCUUCUUUCAGCAUCGGAAGGUCGAGAACCUCUACUUGAAUCCAGAGGAUUGGUAUGGCAACCAUCCUGCCGGCGCUCUCAACUACCACCUCAACACCCUGGCAACGGAGAUCAAGCGCGAUGAAAAAGUGGUCAUUACUUCCGAUGGAAAGUCCGUAUCCUACGACAUCUUGGUCCUGGCCACGGGGUCAGACGCCGUCCUCCCUCGUCACACGCCUGGCCACGAUGCCAAAGGUGUCUUUGUGUACCGGACGAUAGAAGAUUUGCAAAAGCUUAUUGAGUUCUCAGCUACCGUCAAGGGGACGAAUGGCGCAGUUGUAGGAGGCGGCCUGCUUGGCCUCGAAGCCGCCAAGGCUAUGAUGGAUCUGGAAGAAUUCGGCCAAGUCAAGCUCAUUGAGCGCAACAGAUGGGUUCUCUCUCGACAAUUGGACGCAGAUGCUGGGAACAUGGUCGUCAAUCUUGUUCGCACCCUCGGUCUGGACGUCAUGCUCAGCAAACGAGUCGGCAAGAUCCUCACAACUGACGACAACCACGUCCGCGGUGUGGUGUUUGAGGAUGGCGAAGAGAUGGAGUGCUCGUGCAUCAUGUUCGCCAUCGGCAUCAAAGCGCGCGAUGACUUAGCCAGGAGAGCUGGUAUCAAGUGCGCCGAUCGAGGUGGCGGGGUUGUUAUCGACAACGACCUGAGGACCAGUGAUCCGAGUAUCUACGCCGUUGGAGAAUGUGCGAGCUGGGAGAAUCAGACUUUUGGCCUCAUUGCGCCAGGCAUCGAGCAAGCUGAUGUUUUGUCUUUCAAUCUUACGCAAGCCAAGCUUCACACACCAAGGACAUUCAAAAGACCAGAUUUGAGUACGAAAUUGAAGCUGCUGGGAGUCGAAGUGGCCAGUUUUGGUGACUUCUUCGCUGAUCGGGACGGGCCCAAGGACCUCCCCGUCCGUCGUCACGCAAAGAAGGGCACGAAAGAAGGCGAGCAGGUUGCCAAGAUCCCGUCCGCAGAUACAGUCAAAGCUCUCACCUACAAAGACCCCUUCCAGGCUGUUUACAAGAAGUAUCUCUUCACCACCGAUGGCAAGUAUCUCCUCGGCGGCAUGAUGAUUGGCGACACGAAAGACUACGUCAAACUCGUACCUAUGGUUAAAAACAAGAAAGCACUGGACGUGCCACCAUCGCAGUUCAUCGUUGGCGCCUCCAAGGGCGACGACGAGGGCGCUGACGACCUGGACGACGACACACAGAUCUGCUCUUGCCACAAUGUCAGCAAAGGCGACGUGGCCAGCCAGGUCAAGAAUGGUAAGUGCAAGUCCAUUGGCGAUGUCAAAUCGUGCACCAAAGCCGGUACUGGCUGCGGAGGCUGCAUGCCGUUGGUGCAGUCGAUCUUCAACCAGACGAUGAAGGACAUGGGCGAGACGGUACUCAAUCAUCUGUGCCCGCACUUCAAGUACUCGAGAGCCGAUCUGUACAACAUCAUUUACGUGAAGAAGCUACAGUCGCUGGGUGAAGUGAUGCGUGAGGUGGGCACCGACCCUGAGAGCGCCGGCUGUGAAGCCUGCAAGCCAGCGAUCGGAUCAAUUCUUGCGGGCAUGUACAACAAACAUAUCCUGGAGAAGCCGCUGCAUGGACUUCAGGACACGAACGACAAAUACCUCGCCAACAUCCAGCGUAACGGCACCUUCUCGGUUAUACCGCGAGUUGCAGGUGGUGAGAUCACGCCGGAUAAGCUGAUCGUGAUUGGGCAGGUGGCGAGGAAGUACGGCCUGUACACCAAGAUUACAGGCGGACAGCGGAUCGACAUGUUCGGGGCCAAGAAGCAGGAUUUGCUAGACAUCUGGACCGAGCUGGUUGCAGGCGGCCUCGAGUCAGGACACGCAUACGCAAAGUCACUCCGGACCGUCAAGUCGUGUGUCGGCACUACGUGGUGUCGGUUUGGCAUCGGCGACUCGGUGGGUCUCGCGAUCCGCUUGGAGGAGCGCUACAAGUCCAUCCGAUCACCCCACAAGAUCAAAGGUGGCGUGUCUGGUUGCGUGAGAGAGUGCGCUGAGGCCCAGAACAAGGACUUUGGCUGCAUCGCGACGGAAAAAGGGUUCAAUAUCUUUGUGGGUGGCAAUGGUGGCAUAACACCCCGUCACUCGGAGAUUUUGGCCAAGGAUGUGCCGCCUGAUGAUGUGAUCCCCAUUCUCGACAGAUACUUAAUGUUCUACAUCCGCACGGCUGACAAGCUACAACGCACGGCGCGCUGGGUUGAGAAUCUCCCUGGGGGCAUCAAGUACCUACGCGAGGUUAUCCUUGAGGACAAGUUGGGAAUCUGUGCUGAGCUCGAGAAGCAGAUGCAAGAGCUGAUCGGCACAUUCUUCUGCGAGUGGACCGAGACCAUCAACGACCCGGAGAAGCGUAAAGCGUUCCAGCAAUUCGCCAACACGAACGAGAAUCGCGAGCCCGCUGUUGAAAAGGUUGAAGAGCGAGGUCAGAGUAGACCGGCUUACUGGGCCAAGGACAGCGUCCAUAACGACUUCAAGGGCACGCGGUGGACGUCGCUUACCUGGCAGCCAAUGGUCGAGGCGAGUCGUUUCGCCGACGUCGAGACUGGGUCUUCCACAACACUCAUUCGCGGCGACACACAGCUGGCGGUCUUCAAGUUGAAGGGCAAGUACUACGCCACGCAGCAGAUGUGUCCACACAAGCGUACCUUCGGCAUGUCCGACGGUCUCAUUGGCGAGGUCGACGGCGGAGGUGCUGGUUGCGACAAGAAAUUGUACGUCAGCUGCCCGUACCACAAGCGAAACUUCCAGAUCAAUGGCGAGGUGGACUAUGAGAGCAAAGACAAGGGUGCGGGCUCAUGUUCGAACGACGCGUCCAUGUCAAUGGCGGUUUUCCCAGCGGAGGAGCGUGAGGAUGGGCUGGUAUACUUGAAGCUACCGCCUGUGCAGGAGCUUGAUGCUGUGCUGGGCACCAGCAAGUGGGUGGUCAAGAAAGAGGAGAGUACGGACCCGUUCACGAGUGUGGACAGGAAGCUGGGCCUCAAGAAAGGUCUCCGGGCUGGCAAAACAAUUGGAUCCAUGACAGACAGUGGGAAGACGGUGCAGGUCAAUGCGGCGCCUCGGAUAGAUUGGUAG